CAAACAACUUUACUGAUUUCUUACAGACAAAGCAUGGCACCGAACGUGUGGAGGACGGUGGCGUGUGUAGUGGUAUUGGUGGGCGUGUGGGGAGGCGUGGCUGAGUCCAAUGAAAGACGCGCCAGGCAAACAUCGUUCCCACAAAAUGACCCUCGGUGUCCGGCGGGCAACAACUGUAUCAACUUACUGGAUUGUCCAACAUUGGCUCCACUCCUUAACCGCCGUCCACGACCUUCCAGAGAGGACAUCAACACAUUAAGGCGUGCCCUCUGUGGCUUUACCAACCGACGACAACCACUGGCGUGUUGCCCAACCGGAAUAGGCCUUCCAACCCAACCUACCAUUCCACCCACAGUCCCAACCCAACCUACCAUUCCACCCACAGUCCCAACCCAACCUACCAUUCCACCCACAGUCCCAACCCAACCUACCAUUCCACCCACAGUCCCAACCCAACCCACGAUCGCGCCUGGUAACGGAGGAGGAGAGGCUUUACUGCCGAGUUCCUGUGGUACAACCAGGUUAUUAGAUAAUAUUCGCAUCUUCGGCGGGGAGGAUGCGAUCAUCGGAACCUAUCCCUGGAUGGCUCUCCUCGGCUUCACCUCAAGGUCCCAGCCUCAGGUAGUGUUCGGUUGUGGUGGAGCGCUCAUUAACGACCGCUAUGUGUUGACCGCCGGCCACUGUACCUCCCCCGAAUUUACCUUCAACCGUGAGCUGACGAUGAUAAGAUUAGGUGAACACGACCUGUCAACAGAAGGCGACUGUCAGACCUUACCCUCGGGAGUAGUUUGUGCCCCUGUCCAUCAGACCUUCUCACCUGCUGAAAUCAUUCCUCACCCAACCUUCAACAGGCGCGGCACGAUUGGGGAUGACUUAGCUCUCAUCAGACUGGAUAGGCCAGCCAUCUUCAACAACUUUGUGAGACCGGUGUGUCUGCCAUCUGCCAACCACGACACCGAGACCUUCCUCGGAGGGCGGUUUGCGACGGUCUCAGGCUGGGGAGUUACUGAGAGAGGCCCGGACACCCAAAUACUGCAGAAGGUGUUAUUGCCGUUUGUGAACCAAGACGAGUGCAACCCUCACUUUAACAACGGCCUUCUACAAGAACAGAUCUGUUUUGGUGGUGAUGGUCCACGCGACUCCUGUUUUGGUGACUCAGGCGGACCAAUAGUCGGCACGACUGCCAACAGCCCUAUCUCUGUCCUGCUGGGGAUGGUCUCGUUCGGGCAGCCCUCGUGUGGGGUGGCCGGAGUGCCGGCCGUCUAUACCAACGUGGCUUCUUAUAGGCCAUGGAUUCUGAGCAACCUAAAGCCUUAACGACCUCUUAACAACAAGACUGCAGCGCCAUCACGAGCACUCGCCAACUCCACCACGAGCACUCGCCAGCACCACCACGAGCGCUCAUCGGCACCACCAUGAGUAUUCCCCAUCGCCGUCAUGAGCACUAAUCAGCACCACCACGAACACUAACCAGCGCCACCACGAGCACUCACCAGCCCCAGCAGAAGCCUCUAUCGGCGACUGGAAUUUUCUUUCACCCGGUAAUAAACAUAUCUAUGGGAGUACCUACGCCAGACGAACGGACUCCAGCAUAAUAUAAGAGCUCUCUUUCUACGUAUAAAAGAACGUCGACAAAGGAAGUCGCACUUCACCUUGGGUAACAAAACAAGAAGGUGUCAAUCACUCCAGCGAGAACGUGGAGGUGUAAAUAAUAACAGGUGUAAACAAUGAAACGUUCUUAUAACAGGUGUAAACAAAGAAAAUGUUUUUAUAACUGGUGUAAACAGUGAAAACGUUCUUAUAACAGGUGUAAACAAUGGAAACGUUUUUAUAACAGGUGUAAACAAUGACAGCAUUUGUAUAUAAAACAUAUGAUGUUUUUACGAUAUGUCCCCUCUCUCUCUCUCUCCAGUUUUAUUUAAUUGCAGUAAAAAUAUUUUAUUUAGUUUUGUUUACUCAACCAUUCCUGAUCUGACCGGUGGAAACUGUGUGUGGGUGGAAGUGGAAAUAUCUUUGGAACUCGCCUGAAUUUUUGCACCACUUUAACAUAACCACUAAUACGAAUGCUUUAACACGACUACUUUAACAUGACCACGAACACUUAAACCCGACCACUUUUCUACUUCAACUAAUGGCCAAACACUCCAUGGGUACAGGUAGUAUAAUGAAUUAGUGAUCACCAAAGACUCGUUAAAUAUUCUAGUAACUCCACACUCAAAUCACAGUAGGAUAUUCUUAGCUGCUGUAUCACAAGUCGCUCACACUGAAAGAACUUUGGGGGGAGGAGGCGUUGUGCACUACUGGUUGAGUUUGUAGAUCUUGAUGCUGUGUUCUACAUGGAGGGGGGGUUCUAUUGGGACGAAGGAAGGAAUUCGGAUCAGAUGAUGAUUAAGCCAUCCCGCACCCCCCCCCCUCUACUCGUCUUAUCUCCCCAAGGUAGUGUGAAGGUGUGUAAUAAUCAUCUGGUGAAAUAAGCUGGGAUGCCUAGUCUUCAAGUGAUGCGAGAAUUUUUAUUAUGUUAGGUAUUAAUAUGUAAAACUGCUAUGAUGCUUUUUUUAAUAUAUAGUUAAUAAAAUGGUGUAACGUGACAAAGAGAACAGGUGGGUAAGGUAAGGCCUUGAGGGACGCCGCUCUCCGGUUGUUAAUCUUACGUAUGUCUGAUGGUUUCGUUUCCUCAAUAAAUGAUUACUACCGUU